GUUAUUGCGCGCCGGCUUUUAUACAGGCCUGUCUUCCUGCAAGAAAAUCUUCCGAGAUCGAGACGUGCAACGUUACGUCGUGCACCAGUCUGAAGUCGCAGCGGGCGCGUCCCCCGGUACCGGCGUAGACUAACUAGGUUAUCAGUUCGGAAGAGAGCGAGGGAAAAAGGACGCGGAGAGCGCUGUAGCUGCUCGGCGCAACUUGGAGGCGACACAGCGGCGACUAGAAGCAGCGCCCCGACUUCGUGCCGGACUCAGACCCACCGUCGGGACCCUGCGAGGCCUAGCUUCGAGCCGUCGGCUUUGCCACCGAGCGGCAGAGCGCAGCUAGAGAAGCCCGCUUUCAGAUACCGGGACCUGGCUCCUAGUGCUCGCCGUGCUGCUGCAUUCCACCAUGAGUGCGCCCGUGUCUCGGACCGACGGCAACGACCACCCGCUCUGGGUCAACCCGUGCAGCCUGGACGACAGCGUCGCCUCGCGCGGAGAAAUCACCGCCGAGGACAUACGCUCGCUGCUCGACGCCGUCGCCAACCGGGCGCGCGUCGCCAACGAGGAGGCCGACAAGGCCAAGCGAAAAUUCCUAGAGAAGACCUUCUCGGACUCGGAGUUCGAGGAGUCGGUCGCCUACUACAUGCAAUCCUGGUUGCCCAAUGUGCCCGCGCCAACGGAGGAGCAUUUCAAGACCAUGACGAAGGAAGAGGCGUACCGGACUUCGUUUGGCUACGUGCAGUACUACGCCGUGGGCCUGGAACAGGCGGUGUUGGACCAGAUCUUCCACAACGGGCCGUUCCACAGACUCUUUCUCGAGAUCCAGAACAACCUGGGUCAGUUGCUGUGCGAGCUGCAGCUCGGCAUCGUGCACUUCAAUGUGGCCAAAAACCCAGAUGUGCUUCGGGACGUGAUGUCUCACGAGUAUCGCGACAUCAAGCAAGACAGUCAGCGCAAUCUGCGCGACUACAUCAUCCUGCGCGAGUACAUCAAGCUCACCAAGUACAUCUCGCAACUGUUUUCCUACCUGCGGGACCAGUCCUAAGGUCGGCCCUUCCGCCGCCGCUGCCCUGCAGGCCGCGGUGACGUCGCGGACGCUCGUGCAGUGCCGCACCGGCCGGCCGUGUCUUAUUUAUUUGUAUUUAUUAAAUUAUUUCCAAGAGACACUCGACCGCAAUAUCAUCGUCAGACAUCCUUCAGCAUGUGGCCAUCAGUGCAGAUCAUUGUGCACCGACGCGUCGCCGACGCCAGACUGUGGUUCCCGACGCCCUGUGCUCCCCCGUGGCCGGCGGGGACGGUUCGUCGCUGCCGGACAGCCACAUAGAACCACCAAAGAUGAUUGUAACUAGCAGCCUGUCCGUCUGUCUCGUGUACAGUGUCCUGUCCGCCCUUGUCGUCUGCGGGGGCCUUGCCGCUGCCUGCAGGGAAACCCCCGGCGCGCGCGCGCGCCCCUGCCUAGUGCCGCAUCCGUCUAGAUUCCUUCCCGGCUUGUUAGAACCAAGGGCUGCCACACCCCGAGGUCCCAUAGUGCACUAGACGACUGCUGCCGAACUGAACCUGUCCCUGCGCCAGUUCGCACGUUGUUUACCCGAGGUUACGAUUGCAUUUAGCAUAAGGUCAUACAUGUUAACAACGCCUGUUCCUGUCACGCCUGUGGUCUAUUAUGAUUUGUUACCUGCGCCCUGAACUGAAUCCGAAACAGACCUCAGAAGAGAGCAAGCGCAUUCGUUUUGCCUUACUCCAAAGAUUGCAGCCGCGACACGCAUUGUGGUAACACCAUCAUUGCGCAGACACUCACAACUCAGCUAGGUCAACGUGUGUCUGUGUUUUUCUGUGUAGGGACAAAAACUUCCGACUAGGCACUCCGGCGUCCGGAGUCGCAACGAGCUCUCCCGCGCUUCGACGAUCCCGUUCCAUAUUUAUUUGCUAGCUGAAGAAGACGCAAUUGCCCGCUUCUGUGUGUAUGUACGUGUGUGUGUUUUUGGUUUUUUUUUUCAACACGCGAGGAUUGAAUCACUUAUGGCAGCAACUGCAAUGUGAGAAAAAGGGAACCACCGACUUGUUUAUGCACACUAGUCUGACACAUCCAUUCACCGCGCACACGUCCGAGAAAAUGGCUCCUUUUUAGGAGAAACUACCUCAGUCCUCGGGUCACUACGCGUCACGCAGCUCCUUGGGAGUCCAUUCGUGGCCGCUUUGAUUCCUUGGCCAUUCUUGUUUUGCUCGGUUUGUGACGCAUCCAUGUUCAGCGUAAAACGCGAAGAAAUAAAAGGGCGUCCAGCCUCUCCUUCUCUUCCCCCCUCUUUUUUUCUUCUUUUCGUGAACGUCCGUACAAGGAUUACGGUUGAGCAUGUAAAAUUUACAGGUUUCCAUAAUUUUAUUUCCUCUACUACGCCCAUCGAAUUCAUUUCACACAAUCGUAAACAAAUCCACGAAAACGUAUUCGAAGAGGGAGAGAGAGAGAAAAGGCGGCAGAUAUUAGCCGAUAGCAGGCUAAACCAUCUAUAACCUCAGGGCAAAGGUGCGACAUGGCUAGGUUUUGUACAGUGCACUAAACUGUUAAGUAUAUAACUCUCGAGCAGUGUCCAAAACAUAUCACCUCCGCCUAGCGAUGAAAGCGAUGAUGCCGCAGAGAAUAAUGGAGCUCGUUCCCAGACUGCCGCCACAUCCAUUCACUGGGCACAAUAUUUGAGGGCGCUGUUUAGAGCGCAUGCUCGGAACGAGCUCACAUUAUUAGGCCGUCAAGACCGGCAACCUUGAUGGUGCGGAAUGCGCGUUGCUAAAGAACGGGAAGCUCGCCAUCAUCACGCGCCUAGCAGUCGCGCACACAGCUGCGGCCGCCAGUGAAUACUCCCUAUACAAGGUGCGUGACCUCUAAGUUGUCUUUUCUGCCUCUGUCAAUCUCAGCUUCCUUUUUUUUUUUUUUUUCAUCCCGGUCACAUUCCGUUUGACAUAAAGUCCGACCGGAGCAAACGCUACCCAUCCGAUGAAGCCAAUCAAUCGGCGCUAAAAGGGCCUUGUCACGAUGCUCGUCGCUUUUGCGCGUUUGCCAAUCACCUGCUAAACCAAUCACGCAGAAAAUAAAGCGCAGAAUCACGCUGCAUUCACUGUGCAUGCUUGCGCUGGUAGCAAACUCAUCCUUGACAUUACUGUACGAUACGGCGGUACUAUGUAAAAGCAAACCGUGUGUAAACACACGAAAGUGAAACGGCAACUUUUUCGACAUUACCGCUGAAGCAGACGUCGGCCACGGCGUUUAUAGUGAGAGUGUAACGCUAGAAAAGGAGGGCGGCGAGAGCUGCCAGACUUCGCCAGCAGAUGGCGCAGCCAGUCUCUACAGCCUAAACUACGGCCGAUGCUCGAGGGUUAUAUCUAACAGUUGAGCGCACUGCACUGCCAUGUUGCGUAUGAGCACUGAAAAUAUAUUUUUUUUCAACACGGUUUCACACAAAGGGCCUAUCAGGCAAAAACAAUUUGCAGUUAAAGGUUGCGCGCAGUGGUCGAGACUAUCGGGGUAUAAAAGCUGAGCCGUCGCGUGGCUUUCAGGCUUCGCGCGCGACGGACACCUAUCCCUGAAUUUCUCGCCUCUUGAUGCUCUUUCUCCUCCCUCCGAUUUAAUCCUUCCAGACCGAGACUACGGCGUUCCUGUUGUGGUUUGUCCUCGCAGAAAAGUCAGUACGUAAGGGCCACCCAAGCGACAAUAAAAAUUUUAUGCUCGCUCAUUGAUGUUGUAGCAUCAAUGGGCUGAGAAGAGACAUAUUUCAGCGCGAUAUUGCCUCGCAGAGAAGUCGGCGUCGGUGAGACGGGAAAAUCCUGAUUAGUCAAUAGGGUCGCACGGGGAUUUCAAACAAAGCUCACGUGAAACGUGACGUCUGGAGUGGAAUUAAAGUGAUUAAAACAUGACAUGUAAUGCAAAUUAAAGGUCGCCGCACGUCUCACAAUAUUUCACUUUACAAAGUAAUUCAUUCGCCUCUGAAAAAAAAUGAAAUUGAAGAAUUUUAGGUGGAGGCGAGAUUCGAACCCACGACUACUCUUCGGUUGUGAGCCAGACACGCUACCGUGGCCAUGCAGGCACGCUUACGCAGCUUGGGAACGGAAGGAGUUUUAUAUGUUUAGCUAUCGCGUUCCACCCUUAAAGGCGAAGCUUAAGCGUCCUCCUGUAAUUCUGCCCCACGAAGGUUCGCAGGUUACAGACUUGAUUCCCCACUGCUCCGUCACAACGGUUGUUCCUGAUCUUCGCGCUGUUGACCCAUUUCUCUUCCUUUACCGAUGUCGUCUACCUUCGCCCUUUGUUGCCUUCCCGUGAGAAAUUUUUCAGAGUACUUUGAUUCACUGGUUUUGCACAGCAUCAUUUCACAUCUGGGAUUCGAGAAUAAAAUUGUUGGAGGAUGUUUUCACACUUUA